UGAAUAUAAUAAGCAUGGCUGUAUUUCUAGGUAUUCAAAGAAAGCUGGUGUUAGCGAUCCUAGCUGUUGUUGCUAUUUGUAUGAUGAGUCCUGUGUGGGGCUGGGAAAGAAUUGAUAGAAUUAAAAAAUGUGGGCAUCAAUGUUCUCCGGGACUGUACUGCAAAAAUAAAGCAUCAUUUGACAGAUUUCAAAGACCCCAGUCAUUUGAGUCUCAGCCUUUUCAAAGUGUGAACAUCUCCACAGUAAUGAAGUGUAAAAAAGAAAGAGAUUGCUUGCUAUAUCUAAAUGUUAAUGGAACUUUACAACUUGAUGAGAAUAUGCGGGGGGUGGAAAUAUGUUCCCUGACACUCUCUACCCUCAGGCAUCAGUGCAGAAUGGUCAUAUUCAAGAAAACUGAAAGUAUGAAGCUUCAUGGGCAGCAGGUGCAUGUGCAGUACAACUGUUUUGAAGUUGGGAUUGCUCAACAGAUUCUUGUAACACUAAAAACAAUCCCAGAUGGAAACACUCAAACUAUGGAGUACCAUGUUCAGGGCUGCAAUAGUGAAGAUAUAAGACGGAACAUUCCAAUAUGCAUCGCUGGAAAACUGAAUUACUCAGUUGAUCAAAAAGAGAAGCUGAUUUCUGUGCACGUCUCAGAGUUUCUUGAAGACAAUGACUAUCAUUUGAGGUUAUGUCAUAAAUGGCAUUCCUGUGAAAGUACUGGAGCUUAUGUACUGAUCAAAAGGGAAGACCCUGUGAAAAAAGUGACCUUGCCAUAUUCAAAGUUGGUGCCUUGUCUUUGCAUUGAGGGAUGGUCUUCAUUUCCAGAUUCAAGUAGAAUACAACUGUGUCCAUUUAAAAAAAAUACUGAAGAACUCUGGAGUGGAAUCGCUUACAACCCAAUAUCACAGGAGCUAGUUUGGGAGCUGGCCUGUCCCAUUGAAGUUAGGGUGAGCCUUUGUUGGACAGCAGAACACAUCCAUUCCUGCACUGACCUUCCAAACUCUUCACAAAUAGUGCAGAACAAAAUGAAAUAUGUUGGCAUUGACUCACAUCCAAGACUGUGCGUAAAGUUUACAACCACUAGUGGUUCAUGGAUAAGAUGUCCUUUUGCAAAUGGAUAUUUUCCAGUUUGGAACAUGAAGGUGGUUUUAACACCAGACCAGUACCAAGUAGUGAUCACAUCAGCGAUGGAUGUGGUGGUUUCUUUAACUCUGUGCAACAGGACUGCACAUUCAAUCUGCCAUCCUUUAGGAGAGGAUCAAGUUUUAAUCCAUGUAAAUAAGUCAAAUCCAGUAGCAUCUAACCUAACCAGAGAAAUCUGCCAGCCAAAUAUUUGUAUCCAGGGAAGGAGAGUAGAUGUUGAGUAUUCCGUACCAGUUCAAACAUGUGAAUUACAAUGCUCACUCAUAGUUCCUCAUUCAAAUGAUGGCAGAACAUCUGUCUGGAUGGUGACCCUGACAUUUGCAAUAUUGACUGUUGUGGUUGUGGCAGCUCUUGUUGGGCAUGUAACAUUAACAGUUUUUCAGAGAAAAAAUAUGGGUUUUAAAGGCAGUCGGAAAGUAAUAUUUCAACCUUUCAAACAAAAUGCAGGCUACCCACGUCAGCCAAGAGUGUCCCUUCUCUACUCUGCAGAUGACAAUAGGCAUGUUAGCAUGAUUACAGCAUUUGCAACAUUUCUCACUGAUCUUCAGUAUUGUACUACCCUUACUAAUUUAAAAUCUAAAUCUGUAACACAGGAAUUCCUCGGAGAUCCUACUGGUGUUGCAAUUCUUGUUUGGUCCAAAGGGUGUAAUAAGCCUGUUGUUAAGAAUACAUGUGAUCUUGUUCUGCCAAAUGCAAUGAACGCUGUGCCUUUAAAAUGUAUUAGGGUUGAUAUUGUCACCUACUUCAAGGAUACUGUGAAGGUAUCUGACAUUCCUAGCAUGUUCAAUGCUAUACCUAUAUGUAAACUGAAGGAACAUUUCACAGCAUUAAUGAAACAAUCCUGGGUCGAUCCUCAAAAUGCAAUGGUGCAUCAUGAUCCAAUGCUCUCUUUGAAGGGAUAUAGAAGCAGACAAUCACCCAAACAAUUAGCGAUAGAGAUUCAGGGCGAUUGUGAGUCUGAAGACAGUGUUACAGAGUGCCCAGAUGAUGAAGAAACUUUACUGAUGCAGAAAGGUUGUUAAGCCUGUUCCUUGGAAGAAAAGUGCAAAUGCAAAUAUUGCAGAAAGAGACCAGGGUGUGCUGUCAUUUCAACAGUUCGUUUCAAAAUGUUUUACUCAAAUGUAUUUACAGGUCCCAUAUAUUUUGUGCCUGUGUUUAAAAAAAACAAAAAACAAAAACCAUGCAUUAUAUUAAAGAAGUCUGUCUACAUUAGUGCUGUGCACCACUACAAAAGAAAGGAUUGCUUUAUAAAUAAUAGAAAAGAAACGAUGAAUGGUACAUGGGUCAGUGAAAUAUUUAUUUUUCAAAAGGUUAAGCUCAGUCUGUCACAAGGAUAUGGAAGCAUAAAUAAAUACUGUAUGGAACUAGUUUAAAUUAAGGAUGCACAUUUGGUGCUUUGCAUUUCUGGUAAAGUUCAAAUAAAGGGUCCAGUGACACGAUUUUUAUGUUCUUUUUUUCUUUUUACUGCAAUAAACAAAAAGCUUCUGUGUCCUUACACAAAGGGAGAUUUUGUUUGAGAUUUCAAGUUAGCUUUAAACCCUUAACUGUGGAUGUCAAGUACUAUAUAUAUGUAUCAUACCAGCUUCUUGAAAAUGACAGUUCUAUUCUGUUUUUGUCACUUAUCUGUGACCCAGUGUCUCAGUAAUGGAUCUUUUAAUGCACAUGUGUUUUGACCUUCUUCAAAAGUUUUUCAUGAAUGGAAUACGGGAAGGGCUUAAUAGGUACUUUCGGUAUAGAGUUUCACUUUGUUUUUCUUCCCUAUGAAAAGCAAGUCAGGUUAGUUUUUCCGAUAAGCCACAAUGCAGAAACAACCUGUGAACAUCAUCCCUUCUCAUAUGCCAUGGUAAAGGGCACUCCUGUCUCUCGGGUUUCCACAAUAGGAUGGAUUUAUGAUGUGCACUCUCUCUUCCUCUUUUCAUAAAUCACACAGGUCAAACAUUAUGUAAUACCUUGGCACCAAUAUGUUAUAAUUCUUGGUUAUAAUUCUUAGGAAUUACGUCAUUUUACAAAAUCAGACUAGAUUUAUUUAUACAACAGUGAAACUCUCACUCUAAUAGUGAAUUGCCUGUUACUGUGAUUGGUAUUCUACUGGCGAUAGAGACGUGCUUUAUUAUGUAUUGUGCAUGCUGUUGAUCAUGUGUGUUUGAUAUAUGACAAUGUAUUGCUGUAGUUAGAUCAGAACGCUUCCCUUAAUGAAGUUGCCCUUACACAUGUGGAACAAGAGUUUUGUUAUAGGCAUAUGUUCAUCAAUUUUCUAAGAGAAGGGGUAAUGUCUUACUAGCAAUAGUUAAGGACUAAAGAAUAAUAAUGACAAUGAUAAUAAUAAUUUGUAUACAUCAGUUUGUAAGAUAAAUGCUGUACAAAUAAAUGUUCCUUGAAACUGGACGUUAGCCAUUUACAAUCCAGAUUCCUUGCAAUACCACUGUACCA